AUGGUACUAUGUGACCCUAACAAAUUAAGUGGAGAAAUUAACCUCUAUCUCUACAUUGAUUAUCAUCUUCGAACUCUCAUGGAGCUCCCAAUCCUCUAUUUUCUGAUCCCACUUGCCGUGUUCAUUAUCACCUUCAUUGCAUUUAAGGGUUCCAUAGCCAAGAAAUCAAGUGUAAGAUUGCCGCCAGGGCCAUGGAAGCUUCCAAUUAUAGGAAACAUGCACUACUUCAUCAACUGUGAGGUUCAUCACAAGCUAAGAGACCUGGCAAAAAUAUAUGGUCCUGUUAUGCACUUACAGCUCGGCGAAAUUUCAGUUGUGAUUAUUUCUUCUCCAGAAGCUGCCAAAGAGGUGCUGAAAAUUAAUGAUAUAAACUUUGCUCAAAGGCCUCCUGUUCUUGCUGCAGAUAUUAUAGCUUAUGGCCGCAGAGACCUUAUCUUUUCACCGUAUGGAAAUUACUGGCAGCAGCUACGAAAGAUAAGCAUAACUCAGCUUAUGAAUCCGAAGUCUGUGCAAUCUUUCAGCAAAAUCCGGGAAGAGGAGGUAUCGAACCUCGUUCGUUUGUGUUUUUGGAGGGGACUUGAGGCGAUCCAUCACAAAGUUGAUGGAAUGCUUAAUGACGUGAUUAAUGAGCAUAAAAGUGAAAAGCCAGCAAUGGAGAGAGAUGAGGAUCAUAAAGAUCUGUUAGAUCUUCUUCUGGAAAUUCAGAAGAAUGGAGACCAUGAGUUUACUUUAAGUAAUGACAACAUCAAAGCAGUCAUCGUGGAUAUUUUUUCCGCUGGGAGUGAUACAUCAGCUACAACUGUGGAAUGGACAAUGUCUGAAUUGAUAAAGAAUCCAAGUGUGAUGGCAAAAGCACAAGCAGAAGUAAGAAAUGUGUUCCGAAUGAAAGGAACAGUUGAUGAAGAGGGUCUUCAUGAAUUAAAAUAUUUGAAGGCAGUAAUCAAGGAAUCUAUGCGGAUACACCCAGCUGCUGCGUUGUUACUUCCAAGAGAAUGUAGGAAAAGUUGUGAGAUUUUCGGAUAUGAUAUUCCUGUCAAGACCAAAGUUUUGGUGAAUGCAUGGGCGAUAGGGAGGGAUCCCAUUAAUUGGAGCGAAGCUGAGAAGUUUAAUCCUGAGAGAUUUCUUGAAAAUGAAAUUGAUUACAAAGGGUCGCCUAAUUUUGAAUUCAUCCCAUUUGGAGCUGGAAGGAGAAUUUGUCCUGGCAUAGGAUUUGGUAUAGCCAAUGUGGAGCUUCCCCUUGCGCAUUUGCUAUAUCAUUUUGAUUGGAAACUUCCCAAUGGACAAAAGAAUGAAGAUCUUGAAAUGGCUGACGCUUUUGGUCUUACAGUGGGAAGAAAAAAUAACCUGAUCUUGGUUCCAAUUCCUCAUCAUCCUCACUCAGCCUGUUGA